AUGGAUCGGUUUCAGCAUCUUUCUCUGAAAGAGUGUGAUAAAGUUAGUGGUUGUGGGGUCAAGGAUGUUGGACUAGAGAAAGAGUGGAAAGUUUAUUUGCUGACUUUCUCUUAUACCUUGAAGCAGAUAUUUGCCAUGGGUGACAAGGGAGGAAACAACCACUCAGAAGUGACUGACUUCAUUCUUGUAGGCAUCAGGGCCCGUCCAGAGCUCCACAGUCUUCUCUUCCUACAAUUCCUGAUAACUUAUGGGAUGGUCCUUCUGGGGAACUUUAGCAUGAUUGGCAUCAUUGUGACAGAUCCCCGGCUGAACACACCAAUGUAUUUCUUCCUGGGCAAUCUUUCCGUCAUUGACCUCUCCUAUUCUACUGUUAUUGUACCCAAAGCCAUGGUUAACAUUCUAUCUCAGAAAAAAACCAUAUCCUUUGCGGGUUGUGUCACUCAACUGUUCCUUUAUGCACUUUUCUUGGUAACAGAGGCCUUUGUUCUGGCAGCCAUGGCCUACGAUCGCUUCAUUGCCAUCUGCAACCCACUCCUGUACCCUGUUCGCAUGUCAAGAAGCAUCUGUAUCCAGUUGGUGGCUGGUUCCUAUCGUGGCUGGGUCAGUUCCAUCCUUCAAAUCAGUGUAACAUUCUCCAUGUCUUUCUGUGCCUCCCGAGUCAUUGAUCACUUCUACUGUGAUUCAAACCCAAUUGAAAAGAUCUCCUGUUCCAACAUCUUUAUCAAUAAGAUGGUGUCAUUUACUUUGGCCGUCCUCAUUAUUUUGCCCACAAUAGUCAUUAUUGUAGUAUCUUACAUGUACAUUGUAUCCACAGUCUUAAAGAUCCCCUCCAGUGAAGGCAGGAAGAAAGCCUUCUCCACUUGUAGCUCCCACCUGGGGGUUGUAAGUUUGCUCUAUGGGACUGUCUCUUUUGUGUAUCUCACUCCGCCAAGUAACCCUGAACUUCGCAAAGUGGCUUCAGUAUGUUACAUUUUGUUCACACCUAUGCUGAAUCCUUUAAUCUACUCUUUGAGAAAUAAGGAUGUUAAAGACGCUAUGAGAAAAGUCUUAUGGAGGAAAACAGUUUUACUCUAA